AUCACAUCCCGACCUUCGUUUGAUUGAUCCAACCCACGAAAAGCCCGUUGGUUCACACGCGUCUGCUAGCAUGCUAGUAGCAUUGCUUGCACAAAUGAGCCUCUUCUUUGAUAUGAGGUAAUCAGUUUUACUACCUACCUGGCUAAUACAGCGGCAGUUGGAGCUCUUUACAGCUGCGCCUCGGGUUUUCUUUCUAAGAGGUGAUCAUGAAGGUGAACAAACAAGCGCAGGUCAAAGGGAAAUCUCAGAAGUGGAAAGACGUGAGGAGCAAAAGAUGCAGACCCUCCAUCAAGUCCUCUGAUCUGAACUCCAGCCCCGUCAUGGUCAGGGUGGUAAAGGAGCAUCAGGUCUCUGCCAAGAAAAAGCCGUCUGUGAAGAGGCUAAAAAAUAAAGCAAAAACGGUCUCUGACCACAACAAGAGCAAGCCUUCGGAGUCUGGAGUUAGGAAAACGAACCCUCAGACUAACGGAAGCUCCAUGUUCACUUUGGAUGAGGAGGUAGAGGACCUGCAACAGUUGAAGGAGUAUUCCCAGAUAAUUCACAGAAAUGGAUUGCAGACCACAGGGGAGACGUGGGAUGUCAAGUUUGGUAGACUGGAAGGAGAGGCUCUCCAUCACUGUGCACAGAGAGAUGAUCGACAGAACCAUGCUGUGCUGGUCAUGCAGCAAGAUCAAACCUUAUGUUUCAGAGGGAAGUGCUUUUUGACUUGUCUCUAUGGCCGUGUGGAAGUGAUGGGAUUCACUAUCGAAGAGGGCCAGAAGUCCUACCCUGUCUACUCCCCGGCGUCGCACUGUCCCCUCACCAUCAGGGCUCUGGAAACCUCACACUUCCACCGAAAUGACCGAACAGAGGCGUCGCAGAUUCUACAAAAGUACCUUCCACCGGCAUCACGGAAGAAGUUGCUGAAGAAGAUAAUGCUGGCAUCCUCGGUCAUCCUGCUUGAGCCCAUGGAGACGCCUUUGACCCGCUUUCUGUCCAGCUUCACUCAUCUGAGCGAGCUGUUCAGCCCCCCAGCGAAUGAACUCAUGUCAGCUGUUCUGGACACUCCGCUCAACGGGUUGGGGGUGAUUCCUUUGACCAGCACCGUCGAGGGCCUGAAAAUGUCGCAGAGCUACAGAGACGCUCUGAACACAGCGGUCAGCGCCUGCAGAGGAGACAUGGACGGAUCGGCUGUUAUCCUCGUGUGUGGCAUCAAGAAUGUGGGAAAGUCCACCUUCAUCCGCGUCCUCAUCAACACUUUACUCAACCAUACUUCCAGUGUGGAUUAUCUGGAAGGGGACCUCGGUCAGACAGAGUUCACUCCUGCUGGUUGUUUGUCAAUGCUGACCGUCAGAGAGCCACUUCUGGGGCCUCCGUUCACCCACCAGAACACUCCAGAACACAUGAUUUACUACGGCGAUGUGUCGUGUGAAGCAGACAUGGACCGCUACCUGGAAUCCCUAAAGUCUUUGUGGCGCCGACGCCCCAAAAGCAGAGAGACGCCGUUCAUCAUCAACACCAUGGGCUGGGUCAAAGGGUUUGGACUCCAGCUGCUGGUGGACCUGAUCCGCGUCCUGCCGGUCUCGCAUGUCAUCCAGCUCAGCCACGGCAGCACCACCCAGUGCCCCGCCCUCACGCCGGAGUUCUUGAGGACGGCGCACGGCUGUCAGACGCAUCCGCCCGCUCAGACCGCCAUGGACGAGUGUACGGAGAGUCACGGUCCGCCCAAAACCUACUCCCACCUGGACGUGCAGGCAGAGUUUCGAGGCGUGGCCCGCCAGGGGACAGCGAAAUACCAGCGCUCCAACGAGCAGCGGGAGCUGUCACUGCUGGCCUACCUGAGCCAGCUGCAGUCCCCCGAGCCCGGGCUGGUUCGACCCCUGCACAGCCUGACCCCCUACCAGGUGCCUCACGCUGCUGUGGCGCUGGGCGUGAUCCACUGCGAGGUGGUGCCCUCCCACAUGUUCUAUGCCGUCAAUGCCAGCCUGGUGGGGCUCUGCUGCCUGACGGAGAAGGUCACGAGUAAAGGAGGUCCGGUGCUGCUGCCGCAGGCCCCCGUCUGCCCCUGUGUGGGCUUUGGUGUUCUGCGGGGCGUGGACAUGGCGCGGGGCCUGUACUUCCUGUUGACUCCCGUCCAUCCCUCCGUCCUUAGGAAAGUCAAUUGCCUCCUUUUGGGAGCCAUUUCUUUGCCUUCCUGCAUCUUCACCUCACAGCCUGACUUGGAAGGGGAAACGCCCUACGUCACCACAGACUACAGCUUCGACCUCACCGGCGCAGGGAAGCUGCGAGUUUUUAAGGGGCUGGCGAGGCCGAGUCAUGCGGGAACGCAGUGACGGUUCCUUCCCCGCUGUCUCGCACGUUGGUUUUAGAUCCAAGCUUUUCUCUGAAGCAGAACAAACAUGAGUUUGGAGGGCGUGUUUCUUCUGGGUCUCACAUGGACAGUAGUGGAACGUGACAGACUGUAGUUCAAAAUCUUCAAUAUCUGUUGGUUACAUUCCCAAACUGCCAACCUGCCAGAUAAUAAAAUAACUUUUGUUAAGA